ACAACUCCAAAUAAUUUAUGGCCGUCUCUUCAAACAGUUAAAAAGAAAAAAAAGAUAGACGAAAAGAAUAUAAAGGAGAGGUAAUAUGCAAUUCCACUUGUCAAAUCCUUUGCACAGGUUUUGAAAGCUUUCUUCACACCCUACGUUGAAAAGCAUUAUGCAAUAUCAUGCACAAAUUCCCUACUUCAAAACUCGUUUAACAAAUGCAAAGUAGCCCUGUUUUUGCCCACAGGAAAAUAAGUACACCAUUACAACAACAAUGCAAGAAGACAAAAAACAAGUAUCCAUUGCCAAAGAUUCUUGAAAAUGUCAAGCUUAUAAUCAAGUAAAUAGCCUGAAGUUCUCAUAUUAUCUGCUGUCCAUGAAAAUCUUGGGGAGGCAAAGAUUUGGAGUCAUACCUGAAGAUCAUGAUGAAGUUGGGCAAGAGAGGAAGUACUUACAAUUGUCUUCGUCGUAAUCAUCUUCAGAAAUUAGAGGGUGCAGUGAACAUAGAUCAUAUUGUAGUUCUAACAGCGAAUGGCCAUGGAUGAUGAAAUACCAGGAGCUGUGGGGACAAGCGCGAGCUUUGCUUUGAGAUUAGGGCAAACCAUCUUCUCCGCUGCUUCUCUUUUGUUCAUGUCUUUAGGAGUUGAGUUCCACAACUAUACUGCCUUUUGCUUGUUAGUAACAAUCAUGGGUUUGGUCAUCCCCUGGAGCAUUACUUUGGCGAUGAUUGACAUAUACUCGGUCUUGAUCCAUUGCCCCAUUCGCCAGCCAGGGAUCCUACUCUUCAUUGUUUUAGGAGAUUGGACAUUAUCAUUCCUCACCCUAGCAGCAGCUAGCUCAAUUGCUGGAAUAGUGGAUCUUUUGCACAGGACAGAUGUAACAUUCUGUACUCCUGCCGGAUUAUGCAGCAGAUAUCAGAUAUCUGCUGCAUUGGCCUUCUUGUCAUGGUUUCUCUCCACUGCCUCAUCUCUUUCCAAUCUUUGGUUGCUUCCUUCUCUGUCAAGAUGAUCAGUUUUCCUAUGUGUGGUUGCAUGCAAGUAUCUGAUAUACGGGUAUGUCAAUUUUGUUUUUGUUGUAUCUCACUUGAAGUAUGUCACCACAAAUGAAGAGAAUGUUGGGGAGCUAUUAAUUAUGUUAUAUGGAACAGUAUAAUAACUUGUUAUUAGUUAGAGAUAUAUGUGUAACAAAUAACCUUAGAAUACCAAGUCGAUCAACAGUGACUUCCGUACAGAUAAACUAGCUAAAUUAGAAUGGACAAUCUAGCUACUCCUUUUUCCUUUGAUGUAUCCCACAGGUUAUAUGAAUCAUGUAUCCAUUCAGCUCUAUUGAUCGCUCAUUUUAUACA